UAGGGUUAACUCUUCAGCAUCCAACUACCUCUGCAAUCUUGGGCGCCAAACCUUGCAAUUCUCCUUCUUUCUCUAUUCCGUUCAACAGGUAAAACUUGCUUUUACCCUUUUCACCCCUUCCUCUUCGAACCCCCAUCUCAUGAUUGUUUUUCCUUUCUUUGUAUUUUCUCUUUUGGGUAUCUUUGAAAUCACAGAAAAUUUUGAAUUUUUGCCUAAAUUCUGCCACUUUGAAUCAAAAUUUCGAAACCCAUGUUGCUGUAAUGAUUCAUUUUAAGCCAAGUUUUCGUCUUUUUAUAGAAAUCCCAGUUGGGUUUUGUGAUUGGGAAGUGAAUCUAGUCUUUCUUUCUUGGUGGACUGAAUUUGGUUAAGAAUGCUUUUUCAUUCUUACGAGUGAGAUUCAGUUGAUAAGAGUAGAAAUAAUUGGUUGGGAAUUGUCUCUGUUGGAGUUACUUUCUAGGAGGAAAAAUGGGUACUCAAAUUCCUGCAACUAAUGAUCGAACAAGAACAUAUUGGACCCCGACUAUGGAGCGGUAUUUCAUUGAUCUUAUGUUAGAGCAAAUGCAUAGGGGAAACAGGAUGGGCCAUACGUUCAACAAGCAGGCCUGGACAGACAUGCUUGCUGUAUUCAAUGCAAAAUUUGGGUCACAGUAUGACAAAGAUGUCUUGAAAAGUCGUUAUACAAAUUUGUGGAAGCAGUUCAAUGAUGUAAAGAAUCUUCUUGGCCAGACUGGUUUCUCUUGGGAUGAAGCUCGACAAAUGGUCUUAGCUGAUGAUUAUGUCUGGAAUGAUCACAUCAAGGCUCAUCCUGAUGCUCGUUGCUACAAGACAAAACCGGUGCUGAAUUUCAAUGAUUUGUGCUUGAUAUAUGGAUAUACAGUUGCAGAUGGAAGGUACAGUCGUUCCAGUCAUGAUGUAGACUUUGAUGAUGAAGUCCAAGGAUUAAAUCCAGUUGUAGGUGAAGGAAUAGGAAAUCUUCCCCACACCAAUACUGAGCGUUCAAGAACUGAAUGGAGUUCAGAAAUGGACCAGUUUUUUAUUGAGCUUAUGCUUGAUCAAGUAGGAAGAGGCAAUAAGACUGAUAAUACAUUCAACAAACAAGCAUGGACAGACAUGCUCACCAUGUUCAAUGCAAAAUUUGGCUCUCAACAUGGCAAGAGGGUUUUGAGACAUAGAUUCAAGAAGCUUUGGAAGUACUACAGUGAUGCAACAGUCAUCCUUAAACGCAAUGGCUUUUCCUGGGAUGAUGCUCAGCAAAUGAUCACAGCUGAGGAAGAUGUUUGGGAUGCUUAUAUCAAGGCACAUCCUCAUUCGCGAACAUAUAAGAUGAAAACCUUGCCAAACUACAAUGAUUUGAGCUUAAUAUUCGGGGAUGCAAUUGAUGAAGGAAAUCUUGGAAAUUUGCCUCAGGAGUGUAACUUUUCAAGAAAGAAGGGGGGUGAAGAGAAGGGAAGUGCAACUCCUAGUGAUCCUCGUACAAGAACUUUUUGGACCCCACCAAUGGACCGUUUUCUCAUUGACUUGUUGCUAGACCAGGUAUACAAUGGAAAUAAACUGGGACAGACAUUCAUAACCCAGGCAUGGAUCGAAAUGAUUGCAUUAUUCAAUGCAAAAUUUGGAUCUCACCACGAUAAAGAAGUUCUCAAAAAUCGAUUCAAACAUUUGAGGAGAAUGUACAAUGAGAUAAAGCUUCUGCUUGGGCAGAGUGGGUUCUCCUGGGAUGAAAAACGGGCUAUGGUAACAGCUGAAGAUAAUGUUUGGGAUUCUUAUAUCAAGGCACACCCAGAUGCUAGAUCUUACAGGGUUAAAACUCUGCCAAGAUAUGACAAAUUAUGUGUGAUAUUUGGAGAAGAAAUUGCUGAUGGGAGAUAUAAUCGUUUAGCUCAAAAUGUUGACCACAAUAGCGAAAUAUCUGUUUUAAUGACUGGCUCUGGUGAUGAGAACAAUGGUCAUUUUUAUACCAGUAUUGACACACUGGACUUCAGUUGGACGCCCACAAUGGACCUUUUUCUUAUUGACCUUCUACUAGAACGAGUUUAUGAAGGUAAUAGGGUGGAUUCACUCAAUGAACAAGCAUGGAUUACCAUGGCUGAAACAUUCAAUGAAAAAUUUGGGCUUGACUGGGACAAAAAUGUUCUAGAAAACCGAUAUAUGUGCUUGAUGAAGGAGCAUGAUGUCAUCAACAAACUUCUCGACCACAGUGGGUUUGUUUGGGAUGAUACUAGGCAGAUGAUUGUGGCAGACAAUGAUGUCUGGGAAGCUUAUAUUAAGGAAAAUCCAGAGGCUGCUUCAUACAGAAACAAACUUCUAGGCCAUUAUAGUAAUUUGUGCAAGAUUUUCCAAGAUAAAAUGUUGGAUGAAAAACCUGGUGAUGGGUUUCUGGGAACUGAAACUGACCAUACAACCCCUGAAUUGCUGAUAGAUGAACCAACUGAAGACUUGCAAUGCCUGGUUGUGGAUGUUCAGAUGUCUAAUCAAAGCAGAAAGCGCCCAGCAGGAACAUCAGACUCUGGACAACCCAGCAAAUCAUUAAAAACUGAACAGGAGAUGCAAAAGAUGCUUUCAAAGGUGGCAGAUGCAGUCACUACAUUAGUGACCAAAAGAGAUAAUAAGAACUCUCAGACAAUAGAAACUGCCGUGGAUGCACUCCAAGCUCUACCGGACAUGGAUGAUGAGCUAUUGUUAGAUGCUUGUGAUCUGCUGGAAGAUGAGAGAAAAGCAAAAACAUUUUUGGCAUUGGAUGUUUCACUGCGAAAGAAAUGGCUUCUGAGAAAGCUUCGUCCUCAGUUGUAGCCCUUUUCGUUUUACAGCUCCGGCGAAUAUUGAUUAUCCUGGAGGUUUUGUAAUGAAGCAAUUUUGGCAGAUUAUUUAUUUCUACAUAAAUGAUACCGAUGCAUAGCUUGAAAAAAAUGAAAAUAUUUUUCCAAAUUCAGAUGCUGAUUCUUUUCUAAUUUUUCUUCCAUAACUAUUAUGUAACUGAUUUAAGAUUGUUCACUGUACAUUGUUGUUUCAAGAUAUCCGGAAUAUGGGACUCUUUAAGAUGCCUUCUUCAAACAGGUUCCUUUGCCUUGCUUAUGAAGAUUGAUCAUGAAGGACUUCUCUCAUACCAUGAGGGGGACUCCUUCACAUGCUGAACGUUAUGUGAACGAAGUUUGAUAAUAUAUGCCUAACAGCAAU